CCUAAUAUGGGGCUCUAAUUAAAUUACAGAAGACCCGGGGAAGUUCGGGUUACAGGCACCCACCUCGCCCGCUCAUUGGCUGUCGGCGGAGCAGAGACGGUGCCUGGGGCGCUCAUUGGUCCGCUCGCGAGACGGGGGCGGGGCUCGGCCCGAACCAAACGGGCCGCUCUGCCCGCUCCGGACUGAGCCGGGGAGAAAGUCGGAGUCUCGCCCAGACAGCGAGAAACUUUCCUCGCUCGCGCGCGGGUCUCUCGCUGGAGUCCCUCGGACAGCAGCCGCCCCCUUCCGCUGGCAGGCAUCUGAGCGCCCCGGCUCUGGCAUGCACAGCGCCCGCCUCGACGCCUUCGUGAGCCACCUCCGCGCAGAAGUGGUAAGUGCAGGGAGGUGCCUGAAGCAAGGGGAGAUCGAGGUGGGCGGGGUGGGGGGGUGGGAGAGAAGCCAGGGGACGCGCCGUCUGGGGGCUCCGGGUGCCGAGAGAAAGCAGCCUGGACGAGGAGCGGUGCCUUUGAUCGCGCCUAUCUUGCGCCUGCCGUUCCCCCCGGGAGAAAGCCUUCUGCACGGAAAGCGCCGGCGCAGCAAGACGGGGCUUGCGGCUUCGGCGCCUGUGUGCAGUGUGCGGCUUGCGUCCCGCCCUGGCUGGCUGAGGGAGCUGUCAGCGCCGCGUUGCCUCUUUCUUCGGCCAGACGUUGCUGUUCCGUCCUCCGCUCUGGCUAAUGAGGUGGCGGGUCACCCUAUCCUGGCGCCGAUGCCACUGCAAGGCUGUCCCUGGAGGUGACCUCCUUGGCCUCAGAGACCUGAUCUCGCUGCGGAGGAGUCAGCAUCCCGGCGGCGCUGCCGCUAAGACUACCAUCCCGGGCGCGUCUACAUAGGAGUAAGUCCCGUGGAACUCGUCGUGCGCUCUUAUUACUAGGGGACGCGGCAUGUUGGAAGUCCAUCCCGUGCAGGGUGACUUGGGUGCCAACCCCGGGGAAAUCGGUGGGGUAUGUUUCAGAGUGACGAUCACGCUGCACAACGGACGCCUAGAAAUCCGUGCCCGCUAAUCCCAGAAGGGGAGGGUCUGGUAAUUUUAAUAGUGAAUGAAAUGGGUUCUGCGCGCGUUUGUGCGGUGCUUCGUACGUUCCUGCCAAUCAGAAUAGAUUCUGGGGUUGAGGAACCCGGGUGAUCCCUGGUUCAGCUUGGAACAGAUCUCGCAGAGUGAAGAUGAGCCUUGCGUGCUGAAGAGGGAGGCGGGAGACAAGGAGGCCUUUCUUUAUGGGGGGAAACAUGAAACAGGAGGAAGAUAUGGAAUCAGCUCUGAAAAUAGAAUUUUGCAAAUCCGCCAUGUAUGGAGGAGCCUGCUUAUGGACAAAGGAAAGGCUUGCUUUCGAAGUUUCUCAUUUGAACAGCCCAGCUCACUUUCACACUGUUACUUGUGGUGGACAGAGGGAAUAGGACUCUCCCUGUUGCGCAUCCUGAGGUCUUCUAGAAACAAGUCCAUCCAUGGGGCUUACCCUCUAGUGCUUGGUCUGGGUACUGCAGACUGUAAACAGUCCCUAGAGAAGAUUCUGCCACACUAGAGAACUUGGAUGGUUUAUGGAUGUGUCUUGUGUGUCUGGAAGGAGAGGGCUUAGGCUUUCUGUAUGCACCCUUAUUUCUGUGUAAGAAAUGGCUGCAUGUAGUCUACAUGUGAAGUCUCGUGCUUAUGCCAGAUUAGAAUAGUUUCUGAGAUUCCCCUGAUAUUCUGAUGAUGCAAGUCAGCUCCAGAACUGAAGGGGCCUUUGAGUAAAUCUCCUCUCAUAGAUCUCUUCAUGCAUUGGUGAGUUUAUCCUGGAAGCAGUGAGCAUCUGCCGGCUGCCAUUUUAAAUUGCUCGCAAUGGUCCCAAUGCAGAGGUUUCAGGGCAUUGUGGGAAGUUAAAACGAUGGCCUAAGACCCUCAGGGGGCCUAGCUCAGGAAUCAGCACUGGUGGGCCUUGCUGGAGUCCUGGCAGGUGGCUAAUAGUACCAUGUCCCAACUGGGCCAGGAUUCUGCCCUGGCUACCUCUAUUGUUCCACACCUUCUUUGUUCUCAUCCCGGUAGGAAAUGCUGAGCUUGACCAUUGAAGGGCAAUGUUAGAUGGGUUUUCUUCCCCAAAAUCAGGGGAAGAAAUCCUGAAAGAAACACAGUCGAGACAGAUAGAGUUCUGUAUCAUAUUUGAAUAGGAAUCACGGUUUUCCAAGGUGGCACACACCCGAGUAUGCCAAACACAGAGGAUCCAUGUGGACCAUCCAAAUUGUUCUGCAUAACAAUAUGAGAGAGGGGAAGUUCUCAUACAGGAAGUGAUGUAAUGAUGGAAGGAGUUUUGAGCUGCUCAGCUAUUGAAUUCUCCUCUGAGUCAGAACCAGAAGGCCAGCAGAUGUCAGCUCUCUUCAGACUUUCUCUGAUAGAGAUCAGUAAACACAUGAGGGGGGGACAUGGCAGGCUUUCCCCCUCCCCAUUGUCCUGUCAAUCGAUUGGUCUCCACAAGUUGGAGGGUGAUCAUCUGACAAGGGGAACUUCCUGUCGCCAUCCCCAUACAUUUUAGAACCCUGGAAGAUCAGGGUGGGGAACCCAUAGUAUGUGCGAGGGUGAAGCUGGUGUGUGUCCCCUCCCCAGCGUAUUUACUGAACUCUGAAUGAGGCUGUUGUGAAAGAUGAAAGUCUCUAGAAAGCUUAAUGCAGUCUCUGUUUCAUAUUUAUAUCAGGGAGGAGCACUUUGACAGACACUAUGAAUGCCGUCCUUAUAAGGGGCAUGGCAGCUCCCUUGCAAAACCAUACUGUGAGGCUUGCAGCAGCAUUAUUUUGUUCUGAAAAUCAGGCCACUAUAGAUAUGUGUGAUAGCUGCUGCAGUGCCCGCCCCCCCCCGUGUUUCUUUUUGGUUGAAGCUUGUAGGCCAUGGACAUUAUCCCAGCAUGCAUCACUGAAAGGCAUUCUCUGUAUUUUGUGAUGAAGGGAGGUUGUAUGUGUAAUGGAAAUUUGUUUUGCUGUAUUGUAUUGGCAGUUGGAAUUCUUAUGUGCACUGCCCUGGAAUCCACGUUUGGAUGAAGGUAUGGUUUAGGAAUUUCCUAAAUAAAUAAAAGCUUUUUUCCCUGUAGUGUAGCAUUGGUUGUUUUGCUUCUGGGCCCAACCCUGGUUUUGACGGUUAAAGGCGCUGCCUAUAACGGUUUGAAGUUUUAUGGUUAAAGUUUAACCUUUCGAGAUGUACACAUCCAGAGACCCAUAGGGUUGAUGUUGCUGGACUACAACUCGCAUCAACCCUGAGAAUUGCUGGCUGGGGCUGAUGGAGUUUGCAGUCUUAACAACAUCUGGAAUGCCACAGAUUCCCUAUACUGUACCCCUUUCCUUCAUUCAGGACUGCUGUAUGCCCUUUAAGAGUGGGACAACAAGCUCUGGGCUUGUAGAUAAAAACUGCAACAGCUAAGAGCAGGACCUUCAUGAUGAUUGCUCAUAAUCUUUGGAACCCACUGCCAAAAGAUGUUAUGUAGUCUACGUAUUUUGUGGAAAUUCAGGGGAAGGUGUCAAGCCUGCCUUUUAAGAUGAAUGCAGCUGAUAGCAAACUGACAGAACUACAGUGGUACCUAGGUUUUCAAACUUAAUCCAUUCCGGGAGUCCGUUUGACUCCUGAAACCGUUCGAAAACUGAACGAUUUGUUCAGCAACUAAGCCAUUCGAGAACCAAGGUACCACUGUAUAAUAAUAAAAUCACAUCAACAAAACCAAGCAUCAGGUCUUAAAUCAUUCAAGCUUCUGCUGAAAAACAGAACAAGAGUGCCUUAAACGUAUUGAAAAUAGAUAAAUAAAUGUGAGGACUGAAAUGGCUAAUGCUGAACUUGGAAAUCCGACACCUUUCGGCUGCCAGAGGGAAGCAACGUUUUGCAGGAAUCUUGUUUUUUAAACUUGACUUCAAGGCAUUUGCAAACAGCUGAUUGCUCAGAGAUGGUCUAGCGGCAACAGACCUAGUGGAGCCGACCUGUAUGGAGCCAUUAGUCUCCCAUUUGGAUGUGCUAAGCUUGUGGAUCAAUUUCUUGAGUUCUCCUCUGGCAUCUGGAGGCCUUGCCUGGGAAAUUGUCUGUGCUGACUGGCAGUACAUAAGAGGCUCCAGGGCUUCGCAGUCAUGAAUGCUCAAGAGGCCACCUGGCUCUUUCUUCCCCUUACUCCUUCCUAAACUUGUCCAGCCAGGCAAUGUGACAUUAACAUAGGAAGCUGCCUUAUACCAAAUUACGUAACUGGUCCAUCCAGCAGCUUCAGCAGUAUAUUUCCCAGCCCUACCAGGAAAUGCCAGGGAUUGAAACUGAAAAAUCAGAUGCUCUGCCACUGAAUUAUGGCCCUUCCCCAUAGCUGGCCAUGGAUAUUGGUCUUGGGAAGGCAUCAAGCACCCAUGUGCUGUCCUGUUUUUUCCUUCACCCCCAAUUAAUUAUUCUGACUGGUCCAGAAGAGAUAGAAGUUAAGUGGUUGCUAGGCAACUGGAAUGCAUGCUUCCACAAUUGCUUCCUGGCCAGAGAUGUAAUGGCGGUGGUUCAGGUAAAAGGAGGAGGCAUGGCAGGAAGAGAGAGGAGACACAAAGCACAGGGUGGGUCAAAGAGUUGGUCCUCUCAAGAAUUGCAACUUAUGGGCCUGAUCCACAGGUUAGAGGGAAAACAUACUGCUUGGGAAGGGACAUAGCUUGUUGGUAGAGCAUCCGCUUUGCAUGCAGAAGGUAGGACUGGAAAUGUCUCUUAUCCGAAACCUUGAUGUUGCCAGUCAGUGAAGACAAUACUGAGCUAUGUAGACCAAGGACCUGACUUGGUAUAAAUGACUUGAUAUAAAUCUGACUUAGUAUAAAUCUGGCUUGUUGGCAGCGGGAUCUUUUAGCCAGAUCCCAGGACAGGGUUUCAAAUCUUGGGGGAGCAUACUGAGUCAUAGCCUAUGCGCAUGUGUGAUACUGACUCAGAAGAAUUCCAUCUCUUUGCAGCUGCUCCUGAGUGCUGAAACAACCGUUGUUUCCUAACCUGUGUGGUGUUCAGAUAGGGGGUUGUCCUCUCAUAAAAUCCCAUCAACGGCUGACUAACCGUCGCUGUGUAAAUAGAGUUUAUCUGAUGCGGUGCCUAAGAAAGGAGUUUGUGUUUUUCCUUGACAGGAAGUGUUAUGCAUAGGAGUUGGGGGAGGAAAGAGAUGAUCUAUGGGCAUUUCCCCCCCUUCUUUUUUUAUGGCUCACAUGGUUAGCCUUGCAAUUGCGACUGGAGCCUAACCCAAAACAGACGUCUUGAUGGGUUCCAGGUUUUCAGCCCAGCCGCUGGGGGACUAUUGCAAGCUGUGUCACCAUUGGACCGACUAAAUCAGUGGUCCACUACUUUGCCUGGAGGGGCCAUGGGGACUCCUUACGGCACUGCUGUUUGCUGAACCGUGGAGACUUUAGAAAACUACAGGAAGUGGGCCUGGAAGAACAGAGCGGAAGAAGAAAUAAGAUACCAGGACUCUGGUGGCCUUAGCAUUUGAACAUUUACCUCUGCACAUUUCAACUGUUAGGGAUAACCAGGGUUCAUUUGUGGGCUUGUGAGAAAUCUGCCUUUAUAUGCAUCUCUUUCUGCAGUGAUUUCUCUCCAACACACACAAGGACCCUGUAGUAACUUCUGACCAUCUCUUUCAUGCUGACCCACAUUUUCCUUAGCCCCUGGGAGGGGUCUGUCACUAUUCAAUAUGCUUGCCUGUUGGAGACUGAGCAUAUGCACCCCUUGCUUUCCUAUGGAUUUUUUUUACAAGUGAACACAGGAAACUGCCUUAUACUGAAUGAGAUCACUGGUCCAUCUAGCUCAGUAUUGUCUACACUAACUGGCAGUGACUCUCCAGGGAUUUCCCCAGUCCUAUCUGGAGAUGCCAGGGACUGAACCUGGGAUCUUCUGCUAGCAAAGUAGAUGCUCCACUCCUGAGCUAUGGUCCUUCCUGAAAAGAUGGUUUGCAUCAUUCUGGCUUGCUUGGAUGUCCUGCCCUUCUCCUGUGCAACAGGGGGAAAAAAAAGAGAGACCCCCAGGUGGUUCUGGGUGAAAGGGGUGCAGGAUUGUAACGCUUGUUAUAGCUCCCAACUGAACUUCACACCCUUGUUUAAACUGCUGCAAAUUAAUACCUGCCCCCAUUCCAGGCCCAGCUGAUUACUCCUCACAUUUCUGUGGCCUCCUCUCCCGGCUUUUCCCUCCUCUUGCCUGGCUGGGGGGGACGGGGACUGCUUGUGCAAUACCUGGAGACUUCAACACACCCUCUGUGUGUCAUCUUCUGCCGGGUAGGGCGGCUCACUCGCUGCAACAAGCUGCUGCUUGCUCAGCCGGGGAUGGGCUUGGAACAUGCAGGAGCUGCCGAAAAGCUCUGCCUCGGGGCUGGGGGCCUGCCGAGACGAGACGGGGCAAGGGCUUGCGCGUGCGGCUCCAGCUCCCAAUUCCACACCUAGGCUAAGUCAGAUCUGUGCCCCUCACACAUCAAGGUAAAAACUGCAAGGAGGCUCGUGGCAUUCGGCAGGCCUUGGAAACGCUGGCACAUGCUGGGCUCGAGAGAGAGAGAGGCUUGGGCUCCUGGGCUGGGUAAGCCGAGUGCAACAGAGGGCUGCUUGUGGGACACAAGUACGCAGUGCUAAUAAUGUUACUGGGGAGCCAGAGAAUAGAUGUGUGGAGGCAGAGGACAGUCAUUGGCAUUAAUUCAAGCAAAUGAUCUGAUUUUUGCCUGAGGAGGCCUGGGUCAUGCGGGGUCAGGAGCUCAUUUCUCGGCAGUCAGUGAUCCUCCAGUUUUCUGCCUUUUGCAUUAUUUGGACUCAUGAUCCACACAGGGCUUUCUCUCUGGGAAUGUAGCCUGUAGGAUUAAAUCUACUUGGGCUAAUAGUACAACCCUAUACAAGUAUACUCUGAAGUAGGCCACAGUGGGCAUGUAGCAGUCUGUUUGAAGUAUGUUUGAAGGCUCCAAUCUGAAUGCAAUUUUGUGUUGUGCCAUUUUCCCACAAUGUUAUGGGCAGUAGAUCGUCUAUUAUGUUGUGCUGGUGGCAGUGGUAGGAAGAUGACCAUGUGUGUGUCUUCUCCCCUCACAGCUGUGCAUGAAGGAGUCGAGCGAGGUGCUGCGGGGCCAGAUGCAGUGCAUGAUGCGGACCCUCCACGACCUGAAGAGGGUGCACGACCGAGACAUCCGACUGGACCCCCAGGAGAUGAGGCCGCUCUCUGCCAUGCCUUCCCCAAAGCAGUGUACCAGCCCACGGGUAUCCGCCAUUUCGGAAGCAGACUCUGCCUGUUGCCUGGAGACGGCCGUAGAGGAAGAGGUUGCCUUCUCUCCUCCAAGCAGCGAGCGGAGCUUGGAGUUUGACUCGGGCUAUUCUGAAGUGUCUGGGAGCAGCUGGCGGGAUGAGGAGGGGCCCCCACCCCUCCGAGCCAGCAAGCUUUCCUCGGGGGGCUUUCUGCGCCGCCGGGCACCCACCAGGAGGCCUAGGCCCAAAUCUGCUUCAGAUGCCUGCUUGGAGCGGUGGCGGGAUGUCGAGCCCACAGAUGCCGGGGACUGGACCGUGUCCCUUUUGUCACAGAGCCGCAACCGGCAGCCAUUAGUGCUGGGGGACAAUUGCUUUGCUGACCUGGUUGAGAACUGGAUGGACUUGCCUGAGGAGAGUGGGGAACGGGGGCGGCUGCAGCGCUGGCUGGCUAAGCCCCAUGGCUUCCUGCUCAACCUCUCUGGCAAUGUACGCCGCAGGCUGGCUGGCAUCUCGCGCACGGAGCGGGCCAAACAGGACCCCGACGGCACCAAGCGUUUCUCUUGCCCUGCAGGUCUGGGAGGGCCACCUCCAUUACCCUACUUUCACCAGUCCUACGCCAACAUCAGUGAGCUUUCCACAGACUGUAGCAGCUUUGCUGCCCUCAUGAACUGCCGGAGCCGGCAGCCAAUCAUUUGCAAUGAUGUGAUUGGCUACAUCUAGCCUUGCCUCUCUUUUUUAAAUGCUCGUUUUCUUAAUGGAACAGAUUUAUAUUUUUUACAGUUGUCUGUAAAUAAAUGUCUUUUUUCUACAUUAAA